AUGCCCGUCCUGGGUGCUGGGGGCCGCUCAGGACCCCCCCAGCCUUCCCCAGCCCCCGAGCCCCCAUCGGCCAGCCCGGCAUGGUCAGGGGGAGUCCCCCAGCCCAGAGCACCCCGCUCAGGGGCCGGUGGGCGGUGGUCCCGGAUCCAUCCCUCAGCAAGGACAGCAUUCCCCGUCCCCCCCCACGCCUUUCUGCUCCUGCCCCGGGGGCUCACAGAGCCCCCCAGGGCCGUGAGCGGGCAGCAGUUUUGGGGUUCCCUCUCCACCACCACGCGCAGGAAGAGCUCGGGGGUGAUGCCGGGGGUGGGGGCUGCAUCGCGCCUCUCCACACCCCUCGCCCCUCUGCCCCCAGGCGUGGGCUUCGCCACGCGGCAGGUGGCCGGCUUCACCAAGCCCACCACCAUCAUCGAGCUGGACGGCGACAAGGUCACCGUGAAGACCCAGAGCACCUUCAAGAACACCGAGAUCACCUUCAAGCUGGGCGAGGAGUUCGACGAGACCACGGCGGACGACAGGCACGUCAAGUCCCUGGUCACGCUGGAUGGAGGCAAACUCGUCCACGUGCAGAAGUGGGAUGGGAAGGAAACAUCGCUGGUCCGGGAGCUGAAGGAUGGGAAAUUAAUUCUGACUCUCACCAUGGGCAACGUCAUCUCCACCCGCACCUACGAGAAGGCGACAUAGACGCUGUCCCGGGUCCCCUGCCUGUCACCCGGUGCCACAUCGUCCCCACCGCCGGCCCCGUGCCAGGCACGGCUUCCCGUGGGCUCGGAGCCGCUGCCCCGCCGGGGCCG